AAAAAUGACACAAAGUGUCUAUUUGGUUGUUUUGCUUUUGUGUCUUGGAUUAAUGUAUCCUCUUGUAACUGGGAUUUUUAUGGACAAGCUUGCCAACCAGAAGCUGUGUGCUGAUGAUGACUGCGUCUACACCAUUUCCCUUGCCAGAGCAGAAGAGGAUUAUACUGCUCCAGACUGCAGAUUCAUUAGUAUCAAAAAAGGGCAGUUGAUUUAUGUUUACUCAAAACUAGUAAAAGAAAAAGACUCUGGAGAAUUCUGGGCUGGAAGUGUUUAUGGAGAACAGUAUGAAGACCAUAUGGGGACAGUUGGUUAUUUCCCUAGCAGUUUAGUCUCAGAGCAACAUGUCUAUCAAGAAGCAAAUAAGACUGUUCCUACAACGGACAUUGAUUUCUUCUGUGAAUAGCACUGACAAUGGUUGGGUAAUCUGUCGGCUGCUGGCAGGGAAAGCUGACAGGAGGAAACCUGGACACCCUCCCUGAACACAGAGCCCUUCCUAUGAUAGAUGUUUGUGAAGCAAGUGAUCUUUCUUCAAUACAAGG